AUGAAGCUCCUCCCACUCGGCGUCUUGGCGUUUGCCAGCCUACUCUCCACCUCGGCGAUGACUCUACCUGAGGGCACCGGCCAUGAUCUCGCAUCACCCAUCGGGAUGCCGGACAGCAGCAAUGAAGCUAGACCAGGUGUCAGCUUCGUUCCCGAUCGACUCUCCACCUUGACAUCCUCUCCAUCGAGUUCCUCCCCUCCUCAGCAGCGACGUUCUCUAUGGCAGCUGCUCCUCGGCGAAGGCGGUACAGGUAAGGGCCAGAACAGGAGGCUGGUCCCCUCUGCCCGCUUCCGACCUCGCGACCUUCGACGUCAUCUUUCCGCUACCUCCCCUCCCGACGAUCCGAAAGGCGCAUGCAAGCCGAACAACUCGACCUCCGUCACCAACCCUUCUUCCAACUCGACCCUUUCGGGUUCGAUCUCCAACUCCACCUCCUCUGCCUCCCCACCCUCCUUCAACUCCUCGACCCCCCUUCCUCCGUCUAAAGUGGCGGUCAACAUCACCGGUACCGGUGCCACAAUCAUGGCGGCCUACUGGGCCGACUGGACCGCGUCCACUCUUCCCCCUACCUCGAUCGACUUCACCCACUUUGACAUUCUCAAUUACGCCUUUGCUCUCCCUACUUCCUCCUUUGAUCUGUCCCUCCCCACUGAUCCGUCGGGCUCACUCCUUCGUCGAUUCGUCGCUGCUUGUCGUGGGGGCAACACCCGAGCGGUUCUCUCGAUCGGUGGCUGGGGAGGGUCGACAUAUUUCUCGUCUGCUGUUCGCACCGCCGACUCGCGCGCGAGGUUCAUCGCCAACAUCAUCCGUGUUUAUCAGAGCUACAAUUUGGACGGUAUAGAUCUUGAUUGGGAGUACCCGAACGAUCCGGGUGCGGGGGAUAACGUAUACGAUCCAUCCGACGCAAGGAAUUUCCAAACUUUCCUGCAGGAACUUCGCGCCGCACUGCCAGCGGGAGCACUGCUGACGGCCGCAGUAACGCACGCUCCGUGGAUCGGAUCCAAUGGCAACCCGGUUAGCAGCGUAGCGCGUGCCGCGGGGGCGUUGGAUUAUGUCAUGAUCAUGAACUACGACGUGUGGGGUUCGCGCGCCAAUCCGGGUCCCAACGCACCCCUGGCGGAUCUGUGUGGGAAUUCCACCCUGCCCAACGUCAAUGCUGCUGCGGGUGUAAGGGCUUGGUCCGCCGCCGGUAUGCCCAGGAACAAGAUCUUGCUCGGUAUCCCCGCGUACGGCUACAUAAACACCUCUUCGAAAACCUCCCUCAUUCAACGCUCUCCUCUCGAGAAGAGGUUGGGUGUGCCACUCACCUCCGAGGACGGUAGCACCACCGAAGGUCAAAUCGGAUUCUCGAAGAUCGUCGCUGCCGGCGCCCUGCAAAAAGGUCCAUCCGGCCUGUUCGAUGGCGCAGGAGGAUUCGACAAGCACUGGGACGACUGUUCCGACACCCCCUUCCUCACCGAUGGCACCCGCGUGGUGACGUACGACGAUACCAGCUCGAUCUACGAUAAAGGCGCUUUUGCUAGUGCAGCCGGCAUCGGCGGGAUCAGCAUGUGGAGUUUGGACGGCGAUACCAACGAGUGGGAUUUGACGAGGAGCGCGAGGGAUGGCAUGCGAAGUACCAGUGCUGUCCCGUUGUAA